AUGAAUACUAUACCAGAAUCAGUUUCGUCGUCGGUCACAUCCACAGCAAGUAUGCAACCCUUUCAAAAUGAUCGAAAACGUAGAGAUAACAUAAAUGAUAGAAUCCAGGAAUUAUUAGCCCUAAUACCCAAAGAAUUUUUCACUGAUUACUAUAAUAGCAUUAACAGUGGAGAAUCUACCUCAGGAGAGACGCCAGGAAGUGCGUCCACACCAAGACCGAAGGGUACAGGUACGCGAGAUGGGAAACCGAACAAAGGCCAGAUAUUGACACAAGCAGUAGAAUAUAUAACGUUUCUUCAAAACGAGGUUGACAAAAGGAACAGAGAAGAAGUUGAAAUGAUACUAAAGAUACAGAAACUAGCGAGGAUGGUAAAUAAGAGUAUCGAUGACGUGAAUCUUGAGAAUACCAGUGCUGAAGUCGAGUUAUCCAAGAUAGGUGUUGGGCCCUUGGCCAAUGUUGUAUCCAGCAAUACUAUCGAUGAUGCCCCCACAAGAGAUUCAUCGAAUAAUUAA